CGGUCUGCUCCACUGAAUGUUCCUCGCAUCAUUAACUCUGAACACACUCGCAUCUAAAGCGAAUCCAAGAACUUUACCCAAAAAAAAAAAAAAAGAAAAAAGUGAAUCCAGGAAGAACAUCGCAGAAAAAAAAAUGGUACACGACCGGAAAACUUCUUCUAUGUCCUCCUAUCCCUUCUCCGUUGCCACUUCGCCCGAUCUCGUUUCACGCUUUGCUUUGAUCUCUCUUCUCAAGCAAAGGUAUUGAGAGCUAUAAGCCCGGUCUGCUGCACUGCGGUGGCGGUGCAUGCUCUCCAUCGCCCGGCCCUGCUUCGCUGGCCACUCUCCCCGCGAUCCCCGGACCCCCAGAUCCCUCGUUCUCGUCCCCCUCCUCUCUUCCCCUAUUUAUACCCACCUGCUUCCUCCUCGCUUCGCCGCUUCGCUUCAUCGCCCACGCCUCCUUCGACUUUCUCUCCGGCGACGCCCUCUUCACCGCCCCCCGCCUCCUCUCGCCAAAGAAAAUCCAAAUAUGGAUGGGAUGGAGAAGUCACAUUCUGAGAUAAAGCUAUAUUCAAGGCUGAGAUUAUGGGAAUUUCCGGACAAGUACAUCUUUGAGCCUGUUGAUACUGUUGCUGAUUCAUAUUUGUCAGUCAGCCGUGCUGAUGGAUCAAUGAACUUGAUCGGAGAGCUUCCACAAUGUGGUCCUGUGCAGUCUCCAAAUGUUUGCAGUGUGUUUGGGAUUAUUGGAAUGCUGAAGCUUUUAGUGGGGUCUUAUCUAUUAGUGAUAACACAGCAUGAACGUGUUGGAUCUUACUUAGGCCAUCCUAUUUUUCGAGUAUCAACCCUGCGAAUUCUUCCAUGCAAUCAUUCUCUAAGCAAUUCCCCAGUUGAACAGAAAAAGAUGGAAGCAGAAUUUUCUGUCCUUCUAAAUGCUGCAGAGAGGACUUCUGGUCUGUUCUUCUCCUAUGAUGUAAACUUAACACUUUGCAUGCAGAGGUUGCAUGAUAUGGGCAGUGAAACAAAACUUCUUCCUCUUUGGAGACAGGCAGAACCUAGAUUUCUGUGGAAUAAUUACAUGUUGGAACCACUGAUCGAUAGCAAUCUGAAUCAAUACUUGCUACCUGUCAUCCAGGGAAGUUACCAGCAUUUUCAAGCAGCUAUUGGAACAAAUAUCGUUGAUGUCACUUUGAUUGCACGUAGAUGCACAAGGAGGACAGGUACUCGGAUGUGGCGAAGAGGUGCUGAUAGAGAUGGCUAUGUGGCAAAUUUUGUCGAAACUGAACAGAUACUGCAAGCAAGUGGAUUUACAGCAUCUUUCAUCCAAGUUCGAGGAUCUAUACCAUUAUUAUGGGAGCAGAUUGUUGAUUUGAGUUACAAACCCAGCUUUGAUCUUGUUAAACCUGAGGAGGCGCCUCGUGUAGCUGAACGGCACUUUGUGGAUUUGGUUAAUAAGUAUGGUUCUGUCUUAGCUGUUGACCUGGUCAACAAGCAUGGUAGUGAGGGACGCUUGAGUGAAAGAUUUGCAAAUGCUAUGCAGCCUAUUCUUAGUGAAGAUAUACGAUAUGUGCAAUUUGAUUUUCAUCGGAUUUGUGGCCAUAUCCAUUUCGAACGCCUCUCUCUUCUUUACGAUCAAAUUGAGGACUACCUCAAGAAGCAUGGAUACUUUAUAUUAAAUGAGAAAGGUGAGAAAGUUGAGGAGCAGACUGGAGUUGUGAGAACCAAUUGUAUUGAUUGUUUAGACCGAACAAAUGUUACACAGAGCAUGAUUGGGAGAAAGAUGUUGGAAAGCCAACUCAAACGAAUAGGGAUUUUUGGUGCUGAUGACGCUAUAAAUGCAUAUCCUUUUUUUGAUGCAAGCUUUAAGAUUUUGUGGGCUAAUCAUGGUGAUGAUAUAAGCAUCCAAUACUCUGGGACUCCUGCCUUGAAAGGAGAUUUUGUUAGGCAUGGAAAGCGUACAGUUCAAGGUAUUAUAAAAGAUGGAUGGAAUGCUCUAGCUCGAUAUUACUUGAACAACUUUGUUGAUGGGACCAAACAGAUUUUGUUUAUUGUUGCAUGGGUCGUAAGGACGCUAUUGAUCUACUACAAGGGCAUUACAUUGUUUCUCUUAGUCGAGAUAUGGCUCCUGCAACCAAAGCAGCUGGCUUGGAGAGCUACGCGUCCUUCCGACUGGCUUUCGCACUGGUUUUGGCUGGACUUAUGUUUGCAAUGAUGUCACUUAGACAAGCACGAAAUGAUGUUCGCCAUUUAGUGUUCUCACUUUUUUGGGCUGGCCUGAGUUUUGGUGUAGCAGCGUUUGUGAGAGCCAAUGGUCGCGUGUUCACCAAUCGGCCCCGUCUUUUCAGAUCAAGGCACUGACAACCAACAGAGAAAAUGUUCGGUUCAGGAUUUUAUCAUUUAUUCCACAUUUGUUGACAGGUAGCAUGAACUUAUAUUAAGUUUAUCAUUGUACGUUGGAAUUGUUUGGUUGGUGAACAUUCUUCAUGUUCAAUUGGAUUUUUGGGGUACAUCGACUUUCUAGUGUUGGUGUAAUAAAUUAACCUUUGCCCAGCCUUGUCAAUGAUCUGAUGUAAUUUACGGUGCAUUAGAUCACACUUUAUUUGCUGCCUGUGUAUAUUGUUCUAAUUCAUUUUAUAAGUGC